GCUUAUGCUGUCUUCCACGAAGCUCAGAAAUGAGUACGCUCUGCUUGAGUAAUAUUGAUUAAUUAAAAAUCACAUGGCUAGACUACAGUUCAAAGAUGCAUUAAUGCCUCCGCAGUCAUAUUGCAAUUAUGAAUGAAUCUAUAUAAACCAUCUAUUCCACCUUACGAAGUCAUAUGCAUUAGUGAUAUCUAGUAUAGUUGCUCUAGAGAUUUUAAGAGAUAUGGCUUGUGGGUAUUGUGGUAGAAUAGUAUUUCAUUUGUUCUAUAUUUGGCUUCUGCUCUCGUCCAUGGUGCUCAAAAAUGUAGAUGGGCAUGGAUGGAAGAAACAACUCCCAAAGCCAUGUAAGAAUUUGGUGUUGUACUUUCAUGAUAUAAUCUAUAAUGGCAAAAAUGCUAAGAAUGCAACAUCUGCGAUCGUUGCAGCCCCUCAAUGGGGUAAUCUCACUUCUUUUGCUGAUCCUUUCCGGUUUGGAGAUAUGGUUGUGUUUGACGAUCCUAUUACUCUUGAUCAUAAUCUGCAAUCUCCUCCUGUGGGUAGAGCGCAGGGAUUUUAUUUCUACAACAUGAAGAAUACUUAUAAUGCUUGGCUUGGCUUCACAUUUGUGCUGAACUCGACAGAUUAUAAGGGCACCAUCACGUUUAAUGGUGCAGACCCAUUGCUGGUUAAGUACAGAGAUAUAUCUGUAGUGGGUGGAACCGGUGAUUUCCUAAUGACCAGAGGAAUUGCCACCCUUUCUACCGAUGCAGCGGAAUUACCUGUUUAUUUCCGGGUGAGGGUUAACAUCACACUCUACGAGUGUUACUGAUCAUUGUUAACUAAUUGGAGAGGCUUUCUGUAGGGAAACUUCUGUUUUGGCUGUUUACUUAUAGUCGACGUUAUAUGCUGUUUCAGUCAGUCCUUUUAAAUGAAUGUAAUGGUGAGUUUUAUUUCUGAGUUU